CGGGCACUCAUGUUACAAGGUGUAGAUGUACUCGCUGACGCUGUUGGUGUGACGCUAGGACCUAAGGGACGAAAUGUGAUUUUGGAACAGAGCUGGGGAAGUCCCAAGAUUACUAAAGAUGGAGUCACAGUAGCUAAGGGAAUUGAACUGAAAGACAAAUACAUGAAUAUUGGUGCUAAAUUGGUACAAGAUGUUGCAAAUAACACGAAUGAAGAGGCUGGCGAUGGCACCACUACAGCUACUAUAUUGGCCAGAUCCAUUGCCAAGGAAGGAUUUGAAAAAAUUAAUAAAGGGGCCAACCCUAUUGAAAUUAGAAGAG